CUUCUGAAUCCAUGGACGAAUCCGCCGUCAAGGGACUUAAAGUGCUGCCAAAACUCAGUGACGUUGGGAGGAUAACUGUAUCGGGAUAUGAUAUAAAGCUUCCUUAUAAUGAUGUGGAGAGGGCAUUGAGAAAACAUUUCUCAUCAUGUGGAGAGAUCACGGAUGUUUGUGCUCCCAUAGACUGGGACUCUAUGGAUGAUAUUCCCAUAGACGUCGAGUUUGACCCUAAGACUAAUAUUCUAGAGAGAAGUGCUUACAUAUAUUUUCUGGGAGAUGGCGCAGUCGCAGUAUCUAAGGCCUUGAAACUUAAUGGAACCUAUGUGGAGGGAUGGAAUAUCUCUGUUGAGGCUUUUCCCUUUCCUCCAGAUGCAAACGAUGAAGUUAUGGUAGAUAUUGAAGGAUAUGACACUUGGCUUAGUAAGAUUGAUAUCGACACAUCUUUGCGUGAACAUUUCUCUUCAUAUGGAGAAUUCACUGCUAUCCAUAAUCUCGACGGAUACACUUAUAUUAUGGCACAUAUGGAAGGAACAAACAUAGCAAAUAAGGUGCUUGAACUUGAUGGGAGCUACAUGGGAGGACGCAAAUUAUCUGUUCGGUUGGUUGAUAUACCGGGAAUAUACACUGUCCACCAACGUCCCCCUCGCUACCGUGGACCUCUUGUUCGCCCACAUGCAGCCAUCUCUACCAGUGAUGCAGCCAUCUCUACCAGUGAUGAAGCCAUUCCGCAAAUGAGGGGAGAAAGCUCCAAUCGCCCACGUAAUCCUGCGGAGAAGUUAAGGAGGCUAAGAGAGGAACUGGAUAGAUUAAAGAGUAAGAAUAAAGCCGGUACUAGUAGCGUUGAAAAGCAAACAUCUGAGUCAGAUGGGUUUGUUGUUGAAGAUAUACGCGUGGGCAAUGGCAAGAUCGCUGUUCCUGGAAAAUUGGUUAGUUAUCGUUAUACUGGAACGCUUCAGGAGAAUGGCAAGAUUUUUAUUUCCAUCGUUCGAGAAUCUCCUUAUGAGUUAUUUUUAGGUGCUGGAAUUGUCCUUCCGGGAUUGGAUCAGGGCCUUAUUGGCAUGCGUGUUGGUGGCAGAAGAAGGCUUACAGUUCCUCCAGCAAUGGCGUAUGGUGCGAAAGGCCUUCGUGGCAAGGUUCCUCCUGAUGCUUGGGUGGUGUUUGAUGUCGAACUGCUUAAAGUUAGAGAGGACGAUUACUAUAAUUAAGACAAACUUCACUGGAUCCUUUCUGUUACCCUUUUGCUCUUAUAACUGAAGGCAUAGUACUUCGAAUCCGUACAAUGCAUGAUGGGGGAUUUUAGUUGUGUUUUAGCUUUCCUGUAUUGUGUUUUACCUUUUGCUCUUGAAUUUGAAAAAAAUCAAAAUUGGAUAGUUUUCUA